CAUUGUCUGAAACGCUUAUCAGUUAUCAUUCCAUCAUAAUGUUGAUAAUUAUCAACAACUGUUUCAUCGCAACAACUAAAAUUGCUCAAUUCAACCCAGUUCAGUUGUUCUGCUGUCAUUCAUCGCAGUUGAUUUCUAGAAGAAUAUUUAGUUUCAUUAGUUUUUCUUUGCAUUAACAGUCCUUAAUUGAAUAAAUCUACAAAAAAGCUUUCAAUUUAAUUAAAUCAAGUCUUGAUAUAAAUGUUAAAUUAUCAACAAAUAAAUUAUAUAAUUUACUUGGGAAAACUUGUGCAUUGUUUGAUAUACUUUCGUCUAUAAUAUAUUAACAUUAUAGUGUUCAGUUCGUAUACUUUCAAAAAUUCUUCUAACGUUUUUAAGUAAAUCUUGGAAAAAUUUAAAAUUCAUUUCACUUAUAGACAAAAAGAGUUUUUCAAUGAAAACGAAAUUCGUUCAAAGUGUUAAUCUGUGAUUAUUUUUAUUACCAUAAUAACAGUGUGUUCAAUGAGCUGGCGUUUGAUAUUAUGUGAAAUUGUAUACUUCAUCUUUGAAUUGUAAAAAUGUUCUGAAUUACUUCAUUACCGUAGUGGAUUUUUUUUUAAUCUUUGCAUUAUUUGCUGAUUCAAAACAUUCAUUUUGUUAUUUACGCAAUCGGUUUUUGUGUCAUUUUACAACCAAAGAUAUGCUAUGUUUUUUUUUUAGUUUUAAUAAAAGUGUGCUAAAUUAGUCGAAAAAAGAUGGAAAUUGGAUAUAGAAAAUUGUCAAAGAGUCCACGACAAAAUGCUAACAUUUUGUCCAUAAUAUUUUUCGGUUGGUCAAUACCAAUUUUCAAGAAGAGCUAUCAAAAGACCCUACAUCCGAAUGAUGCUUUUGAACCGCUUGUUGAAGACCGCUCAGACUUUCUGGGAGAUCGACUAGAGAAACAAUGGCAGGCUGAACGGAAGAGAAUGUCCCGUCCAUAUUUGGCCCGAGCAUUAUUCAAAGCAUUUUGGUGGGAAGCACUUGUUCUAGGACUUUAUUGUAUUUUCACCGAUUGCUUUUGUAGAUUAACAUUUGCAUUCAUAUUGGAAAGACUUUUAUCACAUUUUCGUGAAAAUUCAGACGUAUCCCAAGAAGAUGCAUUAACAUAUGGUGCCGUUCUUUUUGCAUUCUCCAUUUGCUCAGGAAUCAGUUUUCUUCACCACCUUUUCAAGGGUUAUCACUGUACCAUGAAAGUUCGUGUAGCUCUGUCUAGUGUUAUUUACCGAAAGGCACUGUGCCUAUCACAAAGAGCCUUAACCAAUUCGGUGCCGGGAAAACUUGUGAACUUGCUAUCAAACGAUCUUCAACGCUGCGAAACACUGUCAUAUUUGCAUACAUUAUGGGUGUCUCCUCUAACAACUGUUCUAGCUGCAUAUAUUUUGUGGAGAGAAAUUGAUUGGGCUGUCAUUGUGGGAAUAGCCAUUAUUUUACUCUUUUUACCUGUUCAAAGUUACAUGGGAAAAUUGUCUGGGAGAAUUCGGUUCCAGACUGCAUUACGAACGGAUGAACGCGUUCGAUUCAUGGACGAGAUAAUAUCUGGAGUUCAGCUGAUUAAAAUGUGUGCAUGGGAAAAGCAAUUUGAACAAUUGAUCGGAGCCAUUCGACAACUUGAAUUGGAAAUGGUGCUAAAGAAUGCAUACAUUCGAGCUAUUCAACAUAUACUAUCUCUGUUUUCAGCCAAAAUGGCGCUCUUCGGAACAAUUUUAACAUUCGUUUGGCUACAUGGCGCGGAGAAUCUUACAGUUUCCAAAAUGUUUAUGACCGCAUAUUUAUUCAAUAUUAUUUCGCAUGCAAUGUGUCGCCUCUUUGUCCGGGCCGUUUUCGCAAUGAAUGAACUAUUGAGUGCUCUCAAGCGAUUACAAACCUUUCUUGAAUAUGAAGAAAAUAGUGAAUCUAGCUUGAAUAGUUCAACGAUUAUUAACUCUGAUGUACUUGAAAAUCAAAAUUUAGGUUUUUCCAUGAAAAAUGUGUCAGCCGAAUGGAGUGGUGUCGACGAACGAAAAUUGACUAAAAAUGUUGACACAAAUAAAAGUAAGACUGAAACCAUAUCUAACGAAUGCAAGUCAUUCAAGCUCCAAGAUAUAAGCCUGGAAAUAUUGAAAGGAAAACUUAUCUUUAUUGUUGGACCUGUGGGUGCUGGUAAAUCGACACUCUUGCACGUUUUGCUUAAAGAAGUGCCAGUCAUUCAAGGUGCUAUGGGCAUAAAUGGUAAAAUCUCUUACUCGAGCCAAGUAAGUUGGACUUUCACAUCAAAGAAUAUUCGACAGAACAUCAUAUUUGGACAGCCCAUGGAUCGAUCACGGUACAAUAAAGUAAUUGAUUUUGCAGCCCUAACAAAAGACUUUGAACAAUUUAGUAACGGUGAUAUGACGAUUAUUGGUGAAAAUGGAGCUGGACUAUCGGGAGGACAGAGAGCGAGAAUAAAUUUCGCCCGUGCAUUAUAUCGCAAAGCGGACAUUUAUUUAAUAGAUGAUCCUCUAAGCGCCGUGGAUACUCACGUUCAAUCUCAUCUAUUCAAUAAGUGUAUCGGCCCAAAUGGAUACUUGGCACGACAAAAUGCCACUCGAAUUUUGGUAACACAUCAACUGCACUUCAUGAAAGAGGCAGAUUGGAUUGUCGUCAUGAAAGAUGGAAGAAUUGAGAUGCAAGGAGAUUAUAAUACAUUAUCAAAAUCUGGUUUUGAUUUCGAUUACAUAGCAAACAAGAAUGAAAUUGAACCGAGACCAAAUGCUUUAACAACGAAUAUCCAGCGUCGAAAAUCAGCGUCAUCGCACAAAAGUCCAUCAAAUUCAUUGGAAUCAUUGAAAAAAGAAUCAAAUAUUUUGGAAAUAAAUGAGAAAAUACUGGACGAGAAAAGUGUGUUGGUGAAAGAGUUGGAAGCAACAUCAAAGGGCAAAGUAAAUGGUUGGAUGCUCUUGAAUUACCUCCAUUCUUCGGAUGUUCCUUGUAUAUUAAUACUACUGUAUGUCUCUUAUACAAUAACUCAAGCACUGGCAAGCUUAGUUGAUAUAUGGGUAUCAAAGUGGAUCAGAAGUGAAGAAUCUCGAGCAUUUCAACUUCGAACCAGCUCAUCAAAUAAUUCGUUAAAUUCAUUUGAUCUGGCAUCAAACGAUACAGAACCAAGGCUAUGGUCCACUGAAACGUACAUAUCUAUAUACAGUGCAAUUAUGUUGUCGUUGCUGUUAUGUGUGGCCAUGAGAUCGGCUACAUUUUGUCGAGUUUGUACAAAAGCAUCGAAGAAUUUACAUGGAAAAAUGUUCCACAGCUUGAUAUCAACGUCUAUGCGAUUCUUUGAUGAAAAUCCAACUGGACGUAUUAUGAAUAGAUUUACGAAAGACUUGGGCAGUAUUGAUGAAAUAUUGCCAAGGGCAUUGACCGAAGCAACUACAAUCAUUUUAACUGGACUUGGCGCAAUUGGUGUAACCAUUUUUACAGAUAUUAAACUGUCCGUAGUCAUCCUGACAAUGACAAUCAUAUUUAUUUUUAUACGUAAAAUAUAUUUGAAAUGUUCCACGAAUAUCAUGCGCUUGGAAGGAAUUACAAAAUCGCCCGUAUUCACCCACAUUGCAGCGACUUUGAGUGGAUUAUCUGUGAUUAGAUCAUUCCAAGCUGAAGAUAUUUUACGUGAAGAGUUUGAAAGACACCAAAACCUCAACACUGGCACUUUCUUCAUGUUUUUAGGCACAUCGAAUGCAUUUGGGAUGUCAUUAGAUUUGAUGGUAUAUGUCUUCAUUGGCAUUGUCGUUUUCCUUUUCUUAGUGGUGAAUGAAGAUGUAUCUGGAGAUCGAGUGGGUUUGGCAAUAACACAGGCACUCAGUUUGUCUGGGCUUUUGCAAUAUGGAGUAAAAUUAAGUGCUGAUGUAACAAAUCAUCUAACGUCCGUUGAGCGUGUGUUGGAGUACAGUCAACUAGAACCGGAAAAGCAACCAGAUAUACCACACAAAGUGUCAAAAGACUGGCCAUCAAAAGGGAAAAUUGAAUUUAGGAAUGUUUCGUUUCGAUAUUCAGCUGAUGAAUUAGUUUUACGUGGCAUAUCAUUCGCAGUAAAGCCCAAAGAGAAAGUCAGCGUUGUCGGUCGUACAGGUGCUGGAAAGAGCUCAUUGGUCCAUGCGAUAUUUCGAUUGGCAAUCGUAGAUGGUGAUAUACUCUUGGAUGACAUUAACACUGCUUCAGUGGAAUUGAGUGAACUACGAUCGAGAGUAUCGAUAAUUCCUCAAGAGCCAACACUUUUUUCAGGCACAUUGCGACGAAAUUUGGAUCCAUUCGAAGAAUACUCGGACAAUGACAUUUGGAGUGCGCUUGCGAAUGUUGAAAUGGAAGCGUAUGUAUCGAAAAAUAAUGGGCUGCAGAUGCCAGUUCAAUCACAUGGACAAAACUUCAGUACAGGUCAACGACAGAUUCUAUGUUUAGCUCGAGCAAUCCUACGAAAGAAUCGCAUUAUUAUUCUUGACGAAGCUACGGCAAAUGUUGAUCUUCGAACGGAUGAAAUAAUUCAAAAGACAAUACGAGAAAGUUUCGCAGACUCUACAGUGAUAACAGUGGCCCAUCGAUUAAAUACUAUUAUCGAUUCUGAUCGGGUGUUAGUUAUGGAUGCCGGUACUGCUAUUGAGUUCGACGCACCGUAUUUACUUAUGCAAAAAGGUGGCGUAUUUAAGGAAAUGGUCGAAGCACUCGGACAAAUCGAAUAUGAUCGUCUGAUUUUGAAGGCUGAGCAACAAUUUAUUAGCUCAAGAAAUUGCAUUGUUGAUCAGUAAAUUCAAAAAAAAAUCAAUUUCAUUCAAUCAAAGUAUUUUCAUUUAAUUCGCAAUCUUUUAACUAAAUUCGAGAGCUUCGUCUAAGGCAAAUUACAUGCUACUAGCGCCACACUGAAACACAUUUGAUUUGCAUUGUACACGUAAGCGGUGGGAGUUCGAACUAUCAAAUUACAACAACACAAUUAUACAGAUUACUCGACCAAAUUAUCCAUUAAAUAUGUCAAUUUUAAUCAAAA